AUGGUUUCUACUUAUCUGAUCUCUCAAGGGUUGAAUCUACUUGUGGCUGUGUCGUGUCUCUUGAUCCAUGUUACAGACGCUGCUUCAACUUCCAGCAAUGUACACAAGGAUGCUAAAAACGAGGCCAACAAGCCCUCCGCUUCCUUGUCCUCCAAUACUACCUUGUUUGAUGGUCUCCCUCCUUUGAUACCUGAUCGUGUUGUUCCUGCUCGUAAACCUCGUAAUGCCGGCAAAAGCUAUGAUGUUGAAACACCCAAUAUUGAAAGAAAUGUACAAUGGUACAAUGAACAUAACCCUGAUCAGCAAUACAACUUGACAAGACGAUCUGAUGCUGCCUUGAAUACUGAUACUGUAGGCGGCUACACGUUGGACCUUCCUGAGAAUGCGCCUCCUAUUCAACCUAGCAGUGACGAUGUCAUGAUCCAAGCAACAACUAGCCAAAUAAACGAUUUUAAAAAGUAUUCUGCUAUUGCAGGCACCGCCUAUUGUCGCAAUGUUGUCCCUAAGAAUGAAUGGAAUUGCGUCUCCUGUCUCCAAUACGUACCUGAUGGAAAGAUUAUCAAGACAUUCACCUCGUUUGUAUCGGAUACCAAUGGCUUUUUGUUGAGAAGCGAUAAGGAAAAGACAAUUUAUCUUGUAUUUCGUGGUACAAGCUCUUUUAGAAAUGCAAUCACAGACUUGAGCUUUGACAAGGUAGCCUAUCCCAAUGUAGAAGGCGCCCGAGUCCAUAAAGGGUUUCUUACAUCUUACAAUGAGAUCAUCAGCUCUUACUUUCCUGCUAUGCAAGAACAGCUAACAGCUUUUCCCAACUACAGUAUCAUUGUCACAGGUCAUUCACUCGGCGGUGCUCAAGCUCUCCUUGCAGGCAUGGAUCUUUAUCAGCGCGACUCUCGAAUCACUAGCAAAAAUCUCAAAAUCUUCACCAAUGGUAUGCCUCGAGUUGGAAGCCCAGAGUUUGCUUAUUAUGUAGACUCUACCAAGAUUCCUCUUUAUCGUUCUGUUAAUGAAAGGGAUGUUGUUCCUCAUCUACCUCCUCAAUCAUUUGGUUUCCUUCACCCUGGCGUUGAAGCAUGGAUCAGCUCUCCUGGCAAUGUUUAUAUUUGCAGCAAGGAACGAGAGAGCGAAAAAUGCUCCAAUUCAAUUGUGCCAUUUACUUCCAUCAGUGAUCAUUCAAAGUAA